AAAGUUCCGAGCUGGGAUGGACCGCCUUUCCCUCGGCUGUUUGUUUGCCUGCGGUCGAUUACUGGAUGGCAAGAUCACCUUUGAUGCAAAUGUAAAGGCAAUAAGAAUGAUUGACUUGCCGUUAGUGGGAAACCGAUUCAAUACAAAUCAUUGCUGCAGGACAUUUCAGAUUUGAAGUGUUGAAACCUGCGAUCCAGAAAGAAUGGGGCAUUUAUGGAUUUGCCUGCUCAUUUGUGAAAUAAUCCUGUUGUCUGACUGUGCACGGGGCCCUCCCCACGUGGCAGAGAAGAUCGCCCACCGGCAGACGGUGCGGAUCGGGCGCACCAUGAAGCUGCAGUGCCCCGUGGAGGGCGACCCUCCACCCCUCAUCAUGUGGGCAAAGGAUGGCCGCAACAUCCACAGUGGCUGGAUGCGCUUCCGGGUGCUGCGGCAGGCACUGCGCAUCAAAGAGGUGGAGGCCGAAGACGCAGGCACCUUCAUCUGCAAGGCCACCAAUGGCUUCGGCAGCGUCAACAUCAACUACACCCUCAUCGUCAUCGAGGAUGCCAGCACUGGGAGGGACGGAGCAGGAACAGCGGGAGACCCAGAAUACCACACUGACCUCUCAGGGAAACUGGUCCGACCACGCUUCACGCAGCCAGCCAAGAUGAGGAAGCGCGUGAUCGCCCGGCCGGUGGGCAGCUCAGUACGGCUGAAGUGCACGGCCAGCGGGAACCCUCGUCCGGACAUCGUGUGGCUGAAGGACAACAAGCCGCUGACCCCUGAGGAGGUGGGCGAGGGCCGUAAGAAGAAGUGGACCCUGAGUCUGAAGAAUCUGACCCCUGAGAACAGCGGGAAGUACACCUGCCACGUCUCCAACCGGGCUGGAGAGAUCAACGCCACAUACAAAGUGGAAGUAAUCCAGCGGACAAAUUCCAAGCCUAUCCUAACCGGCACCCAUCCGGUGAACACCACGGUGGACUACGGCGGUACCACCUCAUUCCAGUGUAAGGUCCGCAGUGACGUCAAGCCGGUGAUUCAGUGGCUGAAGAGGGUGGAGCCGGGGGACGAGAACAAGUACAACUCCACCAUCGAGGUGGGCGACCAUGGCUUCGUGGUGCUGCCCACGGGAGAGGUGUGGUCCAGGCCAGACGGCUCCUACCUCAACAAGCUGCUCAUCACCCGGGCCAAGGAGGAGGACGCUGGGAUGUACAUCUGUCUGGGUGCCAACACCAUGGGUUACAGCUUCCGCAGUGCUUACCUCACUGUCCUGCCAGACCCAAAGCCUCACCACACUCCCAUCCCCACGGCUACCUCCCCCAGCCUGCCCUGGCCUGUGAUCAUCGGCCUCCCAGCCGGGUUGGUGUUCAUCUUGGGUACUGUCCUGCUGUGGUUCUGUCAGUCCAAACGCCACUGCUCCUCUGGAGGUGUGGUCACCACCCAGGCUCUGACCGCCUCACAGCGCCCGCCCCCCCGGGUACCAGCCUGCCCCCCCAGCGGGGACAAAGACUGCCUGAGCUACUACAUGACCCAGCAGCAGCAGCUCCUCCUGGCCCAGGGAGGCAGCGGUCUGGCGGUACCUAAGGUCUACCCAAAGAUCUACACAGACAUCCACACACACACCCACUCACACAUGGAUGGAAAAGUGCACCAACACCAGCAUAUCCACUACCAAUGUUAGCUGCCACUGUCCCGACAGGCCCUCAUGUCUGCAGUGUUGUGUCAGCUCCCACCACCUCCCCUCCACACGCCCAGUCCUGCUUUCCUCCUAAAGACCCAGCCAAACAGUGUGAGCUGGGGUGCCGCACACAAACCCUCUUACUGCUAAAUACUGUACUGUACUGAACCAAGGCCCUGGGGAACAUGGACACAGUCAGGAUAGAUAGCACCCUCCAUGAGGUACAGAAUAAGGGACAUGGGAAUGCCGUUCAGGAAUCCCACAUGAACUAAUGUGAGUCCAAAUGGAGCAAUAUUUCACACAGAACCACACUCUGCAGAGAGAUGGCAACAUUUGGUUUCUCUAGUCUGGUUCAAUCUGCACAAACUCACAGUGACUGAAAUGAGUGAAUGUAUAGAGUUAGCUCUGUCUCAUUUGAGAGUCUUUACUCUGUAGGAAAAUAGCAGCAUUUCCUGCAACACCCCAUCUCCUCUCUGGCCUUCAUGUGCAGUGACUGUGGAAGGGUCCAAGAGGAUUAUGUAUAUUAGCUCCACAUUUUUGUCAGAUGCACAGCCUCAGCAAGCACCAAAAGGAAUAUGGUGCAAUGUAAAAUGUUCACAGAUUUUAUGGAUUGCCGUUGGAUUGAAUCAGAAUCCAAAUGUGCCUUCACAUCCUGAGAAGGUCAGAAGCAGGUCAACCAGCAGAGACACAGCGGGAUUGAGUCAACAAAGAUUGCAUGUAUUUUGUUUCUCAAAAAGGUUUUGUUCAAGGAAAAGGACCUGCAAAGCAUUACAGUCUUUUGUCUGUUGUAUGUGUACGUGAAUGGAAAAUUAUUUAUGGGUAAUAGGAAAUGGUAUGAAAUCGUGUAAAGAACGUUAUAAUUCCUAAGGCCGAUCAUAUUGUCACUAUCCUAAAAAAGAACCUAGAUACUGAAAUAUUCAGAAUUACAGCAAAACAUACAAUACUGUGUUCUUCUCAUUAUUACUUGGGUUUUACAGGUCAGUGGUACUGUUGGGUUGAUCCAAACCGCAGGGGCACCCAAUCACAAAAGGACUUGUUCAACUUUUGAAUUCUCAGGUGGCCAUCUUUCUUUUUGUCUCUUGUUCUUUGGGUGUGUAUAGGGUAUAACUCUGACCACUAUAUGAAACUGUGGAAUAUGUCUUUGACUGCUUAUGUAAUGGAACCCUUUUCAAGCUUUGAGAAGAGAAACGGAAAGCUUCCCAAAAACCAAAAUACAGUAUGAUUGCUGCAUUGUC